CGCCUACCGGGCUCCCCGAGCUCUUUAAAAACCGUGAGCUGGGGACAACUCCGCUGGCCCGGCCGCAUCCCGCCUUGUGUCCAGCCAGCUAUCCUGCAGCGCGGUCGCGGGACGUGCCCAUGCGUCCGCCAACCAUGUCUGGGCACUUUCUGCUGGCUCCCAUUCCCGAGUCCUCCUCCGACUACCUCCUGCCCAAGGACAUCAAACUGGCGGUGCUAGGCGCGGGUCGUGUGGGCAAAAGCGCAAUGAUUGUGCGCUUCUUAACAAAGAGAUUUAUCGGCGACUACGAACCCAACACAGGCAAACUGUAUUCGAGACUCGUCUAUGUGGAGGGGGACCAGCUAUCACUGCAGAUCCAGGACACUCCGGGAGGCAUCCAGGCCCAAGAUAACCUCAGCCAAACGGUGGACUCUCUGUCCAAGUGCGUGCAGUGGGCCGAGGGCUUUCUGCUGGUCUAUUCCAUCACAGACUAUGAGAGCUACCAGUCCGUUCGGCCACUUUACCAGCAGAUCCGGAAGGUCCACCCUGAUGGAAAAGCCCCUGUCAUCAUCGUGGGCAACAAAGGAGACCUCUUGCAUGCCCGGCAGGUGCAGACACAUGAAGGUCUUCAGCUAGCCAAUGAGCUGGGCAGUGUCUUCCUUGAAAUUUCCACUAGUGAAAACUACGAAGACGUCUGUGAUGUGUUUCAACAUCUCUGUAAAGAAGUGAGCAAGCUGCACAGCCUCAGUGGGGAGCGGAGGAGGGCCUCCAUCAUCCCCCGGCCUCGCUCCCCGAACAUGCAGGACCUGAAGAGGCGCUUCAGGCAGGCUCUGUCCUCCAAAGUAAAAGCCCCCUCUGCCCUGGGGUGACCCAUCUCAGACAGACUGGUGACUUUUGUUAUUACUAUUAUUAUUAUUACUAAGCAUUUGUGCAGCCACAAAGACUGGGCCUGUCCCCUUUAAAACAUAUCGAGAGUUUAUUUUUAUAAUGACUUUAUUGGCUUUCAAGUGUAUGUGUAUUUCUGAAAAUUCAGACAAUGAUUGACUAGAUGUUGGAUUUUUUUUUUUUUUUACUGUAACUGUUAGCCACUUUUCCAUUAAAGGCAAAAUGGCAAUACUA